AUGGACGCGCCAAAUGAUGCUCCAGCUUCUGCAAAUGGACCAAAUGAUACAACCAUGGGCGAGUCGUCCCCUCCUAAAUAUGUCCCUCAAUUCUCUGCCGCGACCGAAAUGAUUCUUCAACGCAUGAGAGCAGGAUUAUCUGGUGGGCUAUCUAGUAUUGGCAUUACAGGGACACCACCGGGCUAUGAAGAAAUGCGUAGGAACGUCAUGUCGGGGAUGAAAACUACGCAGAAUAUGCAAAUAACUACACCACCACCAAGAUAUCAAACUAGCAAAAAGUCGACGCCCAAAUCCAAUGCUACACCCAGAACACCUAAAGUUGAGUCUCCGACUGUAUCAUCAAAUAGUGCAGGAACCAAAAAGAAGCGAAAAGGACUCAAGACAGGACAAAAGCGUAAGAGAGUCAAGGAUGAUAGCGAAAGUGCGGAUGAAUCUGAAGCUUUGAGUGGUCUAGGCGGAGAUUCGGACUCGGAUGAUUCAAGCAGUGCGAUGGAAAUGCCAAAAAUUACACAAAGCGGAAGACAAAUAGUGAAGCCAACUCAAUUCGUACCUACCUUGCCUGAGACGAGCUCACGGAAACGAUCCUCUACGUCAACAAAUAAACGAACCCAAAAUCAAGAACAAGCAUUAUGCAAGAGAUGCGGUAGGGGCAAUAGCCCUCAGAACAAUAUGAUAGUUUUCUGUGAUGGGUGCAAUCUAGGGUGGCAUCAAAUGUGCCAUGACCCUAUAGUUUCAGAAGAAGAGGUGAAGGAUGAACAGGCACCAUGGUAUUGUAAUGAUUGCGCAAGAAAGAGGGGUAUUAAACCGGCACCAUCUAAGACUGACGGUGUUAGCUGGGCCGGCAAAACACUCGAUCAGAGGAGGGCAUACCUAGCUUUACUGCCUCAUCCCCAGCUAGUAGAGCUCCUGAUUAAAGCUUCCAUUCUGUACCCAGAUAUGCCUAUAUUCCCCGUCAAUGCUCCGCCCCUCCAACCCCGCCAAUCACAGAAUUCAUCUCGCCCCACAGCCAAUCACAUCACACAACCAUUUCCUCCCUCCGCCACCUCCACAGCGGGUCUUUUCUCUCGUGCAGAAUCAAAUCCCAACGCACCAAUGAACUUCAUUCGCAAAGUUGCUUCCAAUUCCACAGCCUCUAACAUCAAUCCUUCGCCAAUGUUUGCCUCGUCAUUCCCUCCGGCACCAGCUUUCACUCAUGCUUCUUCCGCUCCGCCAACACUACCUCCACAGGCUUCGUCAAACCUGGAGUCAAAUGGGAAUACAAAUGGGAUGGAAAAUGGCCAGGAAGUGUCUCAGGAAAGCAGAGAGUCCACACCAAAUAGUCCACCAUAUCCCAAAGCUGGAACGGGUCUUAUGAGUAAAUUAGGCCCAGAUGAUGAGGAUAUAGAAUGGUUGGUUGAUAAUGAUGAUUACGAGGCUUUUAGUCACACAGUAUACGAAGAUCAUGGAGAAAGGGAUUCUGGAGUUAUAUGA